AUAAACCGACAGCUAUAGUCCGAGUACCAACUGACCGCGAGAGUGACCAACGACGGAAGAAGAGACGGGGACGUGCAACUUCGGUCAGACGAGAAUGGGACAGGCAGAUAGGGACUAGGAAUAGUUUAGUAGAUUAGUACGGACGCGUUGGUUAUCUUGUUUCUUCGGUCGAUGUGGAAUCUUCACUCCGAUACCUCCUAGUCGCGCAACGUGAACUUCCGAGCUUUGCAACGUAUUCACCUGGCGUUGGUUAAAGUCCUGUUGUCGUACUUACUGGCAGGAAUACGAUUCAAGUUCACACUACCCCGGGGAGUGAGGUCUUUCGAACAGUUUCAUCAGGUACCGUAGUGUCGAAGUGUAGGUAGCUGCACUUGGCUUUCCACAUGCGGUGGGAUACUUGCAUCUCUGUUAUACUGGUCGCAGCAGCCAUCGCCGAGACAUUGUGCAAUGACGUGGUGUCAGAUCUACCCACCGAAACACGCGAGAAAAGACAGCUUUCUCUAGGAUCUCUGACGCAAACGCUGGGAAGACCGAAUCGCCCUAGCAGCAACAGCGACAGGGAAUACAGCAGGACCAGAGAACCGUCGAACAAUCGCGGUUACAGAAAUGAACAAAAUACUCCAGAUCGCUACACGGAGGAUCAGCCUUCAGGGCGGCAGAUACUCGGCUUGCAAGCCCAACCGUUGAUGGGCGGCCUUGGUGGAUCCUCUGGUAUAGCGUUGGGUGUCCAGGCGGGCGGACUUGGAGUUUCAACCGUCGUAGGUCUGGGUGUUCAGGGACCUCAAAGACCAGAACCCAAUGGGCCUCAAUACAGCGAAGGAAGGCCGCCAGGUUUCCAAGGACGGCCAGGCAACAAUCCCCCAGGUCUCCAAGGACGACCAGGCAACAGUCCCCCAGGUCUCCAAGGGCGGCCAGGCAAUAAUCCCCCAGGUCACCAAGGUGGGAGGCCGCCGGGAAGGCCCGAUGAUAGACCGGGAAGACCCGAUGACAGACCGGGAAGACCCGACCAAGGAUUUGGACCACAAGACGGAGGACCUGGAGAACGACCCGGACCGUAUAAUGGAAGACCGGAGGAACCGAAUGGCUUUCAAAAUGGAAGACCUGACCAGGUUGGAAAACUAUCCGGUGGAGUUGAUUCACAAGGACAAGGUGGGCAACGUCCAGGGCAGCAGAAUGAGAGACCUCAAAGCACUCAGUAUGAUUUUGAAAAUAAUAGACCGAUAACUGCGAAUAAUGGUAACCAAAACUCAAGGCCGACACAAAACAACGCAGGGAGACCUGCAGGGAGUGCAAAUGACUACCAAAGCAGUGGAAAUAACGUUCAACAGUCAAAUAACCAAAACCGUGACGAAGAUGAAAUCAACGGUUACAAUGGCGUAUCCGUCGCAUCUCAACCGCUAUCAAACCGAGGACAAGGGAAUAAAAAAUGUCGUGGGAACCAGUACACGUGUCAGAACCGAGAGUGCGUCCCGAGGAACGCCCGAUGCAAUGGUAUCAACGAGUGCCAAGAUGGAUCCGAUGAAAAUAACUGCCAAACAGGACAGAAUCGUCCAAGCCAGGAUUCGUCUAGCGAUUACACCACAGCGGCACCAAUCACUCCGACAUCCGGUAGUACCACGGGUGGGUGUAUUCUGCCGGAACAACCGACGGGAGGACGCUAUGAGCUCGACUCAUGCAAGAGACCAUGUGUGCCAACCACAGGAUCCAGAGUUCCCCUCAGCAGCUUCCUAACCUACAUGUGUAACGAGGGCUACACUCUGAAGGGAAACAACGUUUCUUUUUGUCAUAACAACACGUGGUACCUGCCCCCAACUUGCGUCAAAACUUGCUCACCACUGAAAUCGAACAGCGUCGACAUUAUCUGCAAGCUUAACGGUGCGAUCGUUUCCUGCGAAUCCAACAUCUCGCCGGGGACCAAGGCCACAUUAAACUGCAAGCAUUCCUACAAACUUCCACUUGCUGAUGAUCCUGUGUACAGGGAUCUAACAUGCCUUGAAGAAGGAAUCUGGGACCGUACCCUGUUUCGCUGUCUUCCUGAAUGCGGAACAGCGGUGGCACACGGAAAUACUCUGAUUGUCAACGGUUUUACGGCGAAACUUGGCGUUUUUCCUUGGCACGUUGGCAUUUAUCAGAGAAAUUCGGCUGGCUCUUUCAUGCAAAUAUGCGCCGGAACAUUGAUCAGCCCUGUCCUCGUCGUAUCCGCUGCGCAUUGUUUUUACGACGAUACUAUCAACGAAGUGGAAGAUGCGAGCAAUUACGCGGUGGCUGCGGGUAAACAUUACCGAUCUUACAACGCGCGAGAAAAGUACGUCCAGAAGUCUAUGGUCAAGAAGAUUGACGUUGCUACGAGGUAUUACGGAGCCAGCGGGAAUUUUGCUGAAGACAUUGCUUUGGUGCAUCUGGAGACCACGUUUAAUUUGUCGACAUUGGUCCGUCCGAUUUGCAUGGAUUGGGACAACAGAUACGAGAGAGAACAGCUCCAGAAUGGGAAAACUGGAAAGGCUGUGGGCUGGGGCAAAACCGAGGCAGGGGUUCCUAGCGAAGAGCUUCAGGAGAUAAACUUGCCCUUCAUCCCGUACCAGGAAUGUGUGUCCGCAGUUCCAGAAGAAUUCAAGGGUUAUGUCACAGCCGAUAAAUUUUGUGCUGGUUACUUGAACGGAUCGAGUCUUUGCGAGGGCGACAGUGGCGGUGGAUUAUGUUUCCAACUUGAUGGUCUCUGGUACCUUCGUGGUAUCGUUAGCGUCAGUCCCGUGUCCGAAAACACGUGUGACAACCAUUAUUACACAGCGUUUACGAAUGUCGGACGUUUCCGGGAAUGGAUACGUGCUGCCUAUAUUAGUGCAGUAUGAAUGUAACCAUACAAUUAGCAUGAUUUCGCACGAUCUAUUAGCCUUUUAUCCAUCCACGGUAUAUUCAACCCAGGAUUACACGUCACUGCAGGAAUCGAUUGAUUAGAAACAAUUACUCAAUGUUUACUAUACAACCACGGAGUAAAGGGUCGUUCAAUUAUCUCUACGUAACUGCAACGACUUUCUAAACCAAUUUAACCACCUCCUGGAUGUCGCAAAAAUCACUUUUCAACAAUUGAAUCUUACCCCAAUUAUACGAUAUUUUGGCAAUAAUGUUUUGCUAUUGUAUAGCCUGAAUUAUUUUACACUCUGACGCAUAUAUAUCCAGCUAUGUUUCAUUUCAAAUAAAUUUACCGUUUAAUUGUAACAUCACUCGACCACGGAUUGGAGUCGCUCUAUACAUGCACGUGUAUAUAUAUGGGAGAGUUCACGUCAAAUCGAACGAAAAAACGAGAUUUUUUCCCUAACCACUUUUGAUGUUUUCGCCAUUUUACUCACUUGAAGUUUGCAGAUUUUCCUGAUCAAACAUUUUCUUACCACAGCUAGUCGAAAAAUUGUCUUUUGACGAUUUCUUAUUUUUUCAAGUUAACAUAGCUUAAAAUUCAGAUAACAUAUGAAAAUUCCUACACAAAAGUUUCGGAUCUUUGUAUGAAAUUUAAAAAAAAAAAUUUGGGCGAUUUUUCGUGCCUCGUUAAAGUAUACUUUUAAUGAAAAAUCCACGAAAAUCGUAACAAAAUAGUGCCCGGCUCAAGUUGGCUGAAAUUUUUACACAGCAUGUCUUUUUCAAUACCAGAGAUUGUCUGUAAGUUUCGUAGUGGGCGGAAAAGUAGUUCAAAAGUUACUUACAAGUAACAGUUUACAUGGAACUGUGAAGUUUGUCAUUCAUACGUACUGUAAUGUAGCGGUAUGAACGGUAAAAGUUAUACAGUCGGUAUUACGAUACGCAACACAUCGUUGAAUUUUUACCUUGGAUGAAUACUCUUCAAAAAUAUUCUCCGGCCUCACGUAUCGUGUCAGGAAUCGUAAUAAAUGACGGACUGAAGUAUGCUCCUCAAGAAAAAAUCGUCAACUGUUAUAAACAACACGCGUAACAAUUGAAGAUCACGCUCGAGUGCGCAGCAGCGCCACGCGCAGGGUAAGCAAAUAACUUGCCGCGCCGCGAAGUUUGAACCGAAUUCUUGCCACUUGGUGAAUAUUCGUUGAUAUAUCUUCUGAACCACUGAACCGCCCACUGUGAAAUUUUCAGCCAACCUUUCGCAUCGAAGAAGGCAUGUUGUGUAUAAAUUGAGGCCCAUUUGAUUACGGCACUUUUCACUUACGAAUUAUUUGCACGCAUUUUGUAACAAAACUACACGGAAACGGGGUAUGAAAAAUCCGAAAAAAAUACUCUCGAGAAGUUCACAAGAGAACCUGAAAUUUUUGUCAAGGAACUUUUUUCAUAUGUUAUCCAGGAAAAAUCAAAACAUUGUUGAAAACAAUUUAUUGGAUGAGUUGUGAAUAAAUCAUGUGUCGAAAAAAUUUGAAAAAAUUCAAAGUUCAUCCUUUCAAUAUGUACUUUGAUUGUGUGAAAGGGCAAUCAGAUUAAAAGGGGUCAGAGAAACCGAACGUUCGGUUUGACACGGAAUACGCCAUAUAUAUGUGUAACAGGGUGCACCAAAAGUACUAGAACUCCUGACUAAUUUUUGAAAAGGUGUAGAUAUCGAAAUGAAAUUUAGAUAAAACGUAUCGGAUCCAAAAAUGAACAUUUUAGAAGGGUGUGCAAUUCCUCCACACACUUAGGGGGAUGGAUGAGUGGAAUAGAGUGAAAAUUUUCAGUAGGGGAUUGACUGCAUCAAUUAGGCUGAAAUUUGGUGAAGACACGCUGUUCGAAAAGAUCUUUUAAACUAAUCAUCAUUUGUCCCUGAGUAGUUCAAGAUUUUCAUCUCACCUUCCACAUCCAUCCCCCCUGGAUGUGGAGCGAAUUACCCAUCCUUCUAAAUCGUACCUAUUUAGUCCCAUACAUUAGAUCCUCCACAUAUUAUUUCGAUAAAUGCAUCCGUUUGAACGAUAGUCAGGGAUCCCAGUACUUUGGCCUGUACAUGUUAUUUACCAAAUACAUUGCAAAUGAUCAUAAUUGUAGUUACACGUUCAUUCCUAUUCAAGUGCGUAUACUCUACUUUAAAAUGCGAUUCCUCCUGAAUCUAAUAUAGGUACAAAACACGAGCAAAAAUCAACGAACCGUGUAUAUAACUUAUAAUGUUUUCAAUCACAUGUAUUUGUAAAUAAAUAAUAAUGUAUGAAAAUUUUAAGAGCUUGAAUAUAUAAAAAAUUUUGCUCCAAAGUACAUACUUUAAGUUAUCGCAUUGUAUUCUGACGUUCCACUCAAUCGAUUUCCCUAGAAUUUUGAAGUAUCCCCAUUUGUUAACAAGCGGACUUGGGCUGACCAUGAGGCAGCUUUUGAACUUCUUGUUUUCAAAUUCGUUUCGAGCUGAAAUAAUAACGAUGAUGAUGAUGAUGACGAUGACGAUGAUAAUGCUUACUGUCAUCUUUGCUGCUGCGAUAACUGCGGCCAAGGUGAGCGGGUUCAAGCUCAAGAACCGAAGAGAAGCAACUCACCGCCGAACGGACUCAAAGUCCGGAUUUACCAUCAGAUUACCAAAGAAGGAUUUACCAUCAAAUCGGGCGUAAAUUAUAAAGUCAUGUAAAUUCAAUGCAAGGUACGGACGAAAAACGGUUAAGAAAUAAAUCGAAUCGAUCAAUUUAUUUGCUUUACAUAUAUCUGUAUCAAUUAUUAGAAGCACCGUUUGGAACGAGCAAAAGUAUAUUACCUUUCGAGACGCAAAAUAUGCAGCAAAUUUAAAAAAAAAUGCUUAAAGCUGUACAAUUUCUACAUCGGAUUCGUGUUGAGGGCCGACUAAAAAUAAAAUUGGUCCACGUUCAAAAUCGACUUAUGCCUACAAAUAUGUUCACAGAAUUGCAGUAUUGUCAUGGUAGUUCGUAUUUCAUCUUCGACAGCUUGGUUGUUUCCAAUCUUAGACAGUUAUUAAUUCCGUCUGAUUAUUUUUAGUGAUCAGCUGCAAAAGGCUUCCAUUUGACGGUCUGUCCUGAUUUUGA